GUGCUUCUUGUGUUUGUUGCAGAGCCCGAGGCGUCGCCGGACGCGGCCCCGGAGGCGGCACCCGUCGCCGGCAUGGGGUCCGGGCCGAGCCCCGAGCUGGCGCCCCCGGGCGAGAUGCCACCGCCGCCGGCGCCGGGCUCGUCUGGGGGGCUCCGGUCGCCGCGCAUCCUGGAGCACCCCGCCGACGUGGUGGUGCGCCGGAACGACCCGCUCACGCUCAACUGCAAGGCGGAGGGGCGGCCCGAGCCCAGCAUCGAGUGGUGGAAAGACGGCGAGCGGGUGUCCAACGCGCCGCACCGGGUGCUGCUGCCGUCCGGGUCGCUGUUCUUCCUCCGGGUGGCGAGCGGCAAGAAGGAGCCCGACUCGGGCGUGUACUGGUGCGCGGCCAAGAACGAGGCCGGCCAGGCCACCAGCCGCAACGCCACGCUUCUCGUAGCAGUUCUGCGGGACGAGUUUCGCACCCAGCCUAGGGACACGCGUGUGGCCGCUGGGGAGACUGCGCUGCUGGAGUGUGGCCCGCCCAAGGGACAGCCUGAGCCCACCGUCAUCUGGAAGAGGAACGGGCAAGACUUGGACGUGGACAACAACCGAAGAUACAAAAUCGUUGAAGGAGGGAAUCUCCUCAUACCUAGUGUUUCCCAAAGCGACGAGGGCAAGUACAAAUGCAUCGCCCAGAAUGUUGCCGGUGUACGGGAGAGCUUGACCGCCAACCUUGAUGUACAUGUUAAGCCUUACUUUAUUCAUCCACCUAGUGAUGUCACAGCCCUUGUCGGGCAAAGUGUGGAGCUAGAGUGUGCUUCAGCAGGUGAGCCGGCUCCUACUAUGUUGUGGCGAAGAGAGGAUGGGAGAAUGCCAAUUGCCAGGGCUCAUAUACUGGACAAUAAAGCUCUUCGCAUAGAACAUGUUACAUCAGAAGAUGUUGGAACUUACAUUUGUGAAGCUGAGAAUGAUGUUGGCAGUGAUUCCGCAAAAGUUGCUCUUACUGUUCAUUCUCCACCAUAUUUUACUGUGCGCCCAUCAGACGUGCGUGUUCCUCUUGGGAGUUCUGUUUCCUUUCCUUGUGCUGCAGAAGGUAGCCCACCUCCAUCAGUAUUUUGGAGUCGGGAAGGAUCAAGGCUUCUUAUGUUUCCUGGAUCAAUUCAUGGGGACAUUUCAGUAUCUGCAGAAGGGACUCUGUCCAUGAAAAGUGUGUCUAGAGAAGACUCUGGGUAUUUUGUUUGUUCUGCCUUGAGUGUUGCUGGUUCAGCGACUGAAAGAGCUCUUCUUGAAGUCCUCCCCUUACAACAAGCACCCCCACCAAUUAUUCAGUUGGGUCCUGGAAAUCAAACUUUACCAGCACAAGCAGUUGCUGUGUUACCAUGCCAGGCAGCUCCACCUUCAGGAAGUGAAGCCUUCACACAAAUCAGCUGGCUCAAAGAUGGCAGUCCUCUUUCACCAUCUGGCAGCCGCAUUGCAAUGUCGAGUCGAGGAAGUUUGUCUGUUAAAAAUUUACAAUUAUCAGAUUCUGGAGAAUACACAUGUAAAGCUUCAUCCUCUGCUGGUCAAACUACUUGGUCAGCAUGGAUAUCUGUUGUUGAUGGUUUACCUGAAGCCCGUAGGGGUCCAGACCCAGCCUCACUUCCUACUGCUCCGCCAAAACCUAUAAUUGUGAAUGCCACACGAAAUUCUCUAACAGUUUCUUGGAUUGAUCCAAACCCAGGUCGCUAUGACCGCUCACACCUGGUUGGAUAUAUGCUUGAUUUCUUUACGAGUGAAAAUCAAAGUAUUGGUUGGGUUCGAGCAGCAAAGGGGAUUAAAGCUGAAGUUUUCACGGUCACUGGUCUUACUUCAGAUUCCAGUUAUGUCUUCAUAGUUCGAGCAGAAAGUGAUGCAGGUGUGUCUUUGCCUAGCCCUGUGUCUGAGCCUGGUCAUACACUGAGUGCCAACGCAGACAUACUGCCUCCUUAUGAAGGGGCUGUUGCUCGAUCACACUUAAGCUCAAGUGUUGUCACUUUAAGAGAUGUGCAACCUAUUUCUUCUACAUCUUUACGUCUGACUUGGGAUAUUGUUGGUUCUGCUAACUUCAUUGAAGGAUUUUACGUGCGAUAUCGCGAGUUGCCCCAAACUAAUGAUAGCUUCAGUGAUAAUAUUCCUGAAUAUGAUGUUGUGAAAAUUGACAACUCUGGUGCAACCAGUUAUACUUUAAAUGACUUUAAAAAAUUCACCACAUAUGAGAUUUUCCUUGCACCAUUUUACAAAUCAAUUGACGGACAGCCAUCUAAUUUUAAAGUAGUUUCUACUCUUGAGGAUGCUCCAUCAGCUCCUCCAGAACAUAUUCACGUUGGAAUUUUGAAUGCAACAACAGCUUUUGUCAGAUGGACACCACCGGCUGCUGACAGUCAUCAUGGGAAGAUUGUAGGCUAUAAGAUUCAAAUAAGCAGCCCAUUGGGCAAGCUUUUAGGGCAGAUGACAUUGAAUGCAACUAAUAUGUCUGUGCUAUUAAACAACUUGACGAUUGGAGCUGAAUAUAUGACUAGGGUUGCAGCAUUUACAAAAGCUGGUCUAGGGCCGUACUCGAUAGGGACACCUCUUGUCAUGGAUCCGUCAGCUCUUCAUUCUUUCACUCCUCGGUCACGGCCCACAAAUGAUACAUCAAGUGUAGUAAGAGAAACAUGGUUUGCAAUUUUGAUGGGUGCUAUGGCUCUCUUACUAGCCAGUGGUUUUGCUGGAAUGGUUUACAUGAAAAGAAGACAAACUGCGGGAAAAGAGCUUGGCCACCUUAAAGUUCCUGUUGUGAAUGCCAAUGACAUGGCAGGAUUAGGUUUACUGAGUGGUAAAGAAACACUUUGGAUCGAUAGAGGAUGGCGAGCAGCUGCUGGGAAGGGAGUGCCUGUUACUCCACCACUUGGAUCUGAGUACGCAGAAGUUGACGCUGCAUGUGCACUUUCUUCAUUUUAUCGACAGCCGCCGUUAACAACUAAUUGUGAGCAGUCUGAUGCAUCUGAUCCUACUCCUUAUGCUACAACAAUGCUACUUAAUCAACUCCCUGGACAAAGGCCAGACCACCUGGAGGGCUCAACUCCAUCUCAAGAUCCUUAUGCCAGUGGAAGUCUUCUGUAUCAGAGAAAGAGUCCUUUAUCUCCUGGUGCUCCCAGCACAAUUGAUGGCAGCUACUCGGAUGAAGUUCAUGUGUCAUAUGAUAGACGACUUCCCCAUCCUCACCUACAUCCACUACCCCACUCCCACUCUCAGCCUCCACACUGGAGUGACAUCCUCCCUCCCCCGCCAGAGCAACCACCCCCACCCCCUGGUCCAGGUUGUAACACUCUCAGCCCGCAGUCCUCACGAAGGGGUCCAGGCCCUGGUCUAGGCCCAGGCCACUGCAGCACGACGGGCCGUCCUGGUAGCUCCACGAGCCGAAGCUGUGGUACUAGUGGUUCGCAAUCUGGCUCGGCCUCUGCGUCCACAUCCAAUGGAAGGACGUGCUCAUGGCAGCGUUCGCGGUGUCCUCAGUCUCACCCACAAGCUGCCAAUGAUGGGCAGAGUCGGUACCACUCAGAGCCACCUCAGCAAAGGCCACCACCAGUUCCAAGAUUCACAAACGAAUAUGAUCCUCAGUCUGGAUCAGCACCAUCCAGUGAAGAACGGGCAUGUCAGUCUUCUUUAAUUAGUUUAUUACCUAAUAAUUCUGCUAUGGCAGCAGAAUCACCCUGUAAUGCCUUAGCAGAUUAUGGCUCUGCAGCAGACUGCCUGCUCUCUGGAUGCCGCAGUGAUUAUUCUUCUGAUCAUAACAGUAGUAAUGGACGGCCUCAGUCCAUGGCCAGUGAUACUUGUUGUUCUUGCUCAGAUUCAUCAUGCAUGUAUGCUGAAGUAGGCCAUAACCACAAUGAAAAUGAUCAACGGUAGCUUAUAUCAGUUAUUUAUAUUAUUUAGUGUUCACUCAUUCAAUCUAAAUGAAAAAUGUCAUUUUCAUUAAUGUUGAUAUGUCUGAAUUUGUCAACUCUCAUGUGAUACUGUGCGAUAAGGUUUGAGACAUAAAUUACUGUGCUGAAGUCUCUUUUCAUUGGGUAUUUAGAUUCAAGUCUUAGAGUAGGAAACAGUUAAUGUCGUCUAUUGUCGAUAGUUUUUUAAAAUCCAUUGUGUGCAUGUAUUGAUUCUAUCAGCAUUUAAUGGAUGUGUUUGUUGUAAAAGUUAUUUAUUAAUACAUUUUAUUUUAUAAGAGGUGAUCAUGCAAUGUUCCUAGUCAUACUCAAGUGUUAUUUUCCAUUCUCUUUAUUUCUAUUCUUGCAUAAAUAACUAAAAAGAGUAUUUGUGUUGUCUACCUACCCAGCCAGUAAUGUCACAUCUACAAAAAACAUUGAAACUCUAUAAACAGUCUAUUUUUAACCAUGUGGACAUCUUUAGGGUCCGAAAUAGACUUAAACGUCUUUUAGAUUUAAAGUUUCUGACUGGGUAAGCAUAACUUUCAGACUCUUUCAAAGUUUACUUUGUGGUUUAUAUCAUUCAAUCCACAUUAGCAGUCAUGUUUUUCAGAAAACUGUAAGAAACAGAACUAGUCUGAUUAUCUGUGAAUUGGGUUUGCUAUGUAAUUUUUACACUUAAAAAGAUACAAUGUUAAUUUUCUGUAAAAUACCCAUUAUUUGCAACUAAUAUUGUCUUACUGUUAACUCUUAGUGUUUUCUCAAUUUUAAUUUUCAGACUAUUUUGUAAAUAAUGUCAGUUGAGACCCGUGGUUGUAUCAGUUACCAUUUGCAUAGUUCAACAAAGUGUUCAAGUACCAUGUAUUAAAAUACAGUACUAAAAAAGGAAUCAAGGAAACCAUGCUCUAGUGAGCCUACAUAUUGUGAAGGAAACUAAGAAUCAAGUACAUCACAUCACAUAAUCUUUGCAAUAUAUGUGUUAUGGUUAGAGCUAGAGGUGAGCAACCAACCCACAGUUAAAGCAUUAGCUGACUAAACCUAGGAUUCGCCAGGCUAAUUUGAUACCUUGUUGGUAACUUUUUUCACUGCCAACUGUUAAGAGGAACUAUUUUUUCCAACAAGACUUGUUACAGUGGCAUAUUUGAUGUUGCAUUAUUCGUCAAAACAGCAAAUAAGUACAAUGGCCAAAUAUGUCUCUCCAGCACAUUUGUUUACGUAUAUGUUCAGAGAAAAAUAAAUUAAACUGCCGCUCCACUCCGACGGGAAAUAAAAACUUAAAGAAACCAAACAGAAACCUAUUAGAGGAGCACAAGAAUAGUAAACAAACUGUUCACAACUAAAGUGAAUGUGAUGUGCCAGCUGCACUCAAACCUUGAUGAACCUGGUGGACACAGCUAGCAGUGAAAAUAGUAAUACCUAUGAUUUGAUCACCCGAAUUUGCCUUGUUCAUUGUUCAUUCUAGUUUUAGCAGGUCAUAUUGCUCUAACAAAAUUUUGUGCUCAAUGAAGGGCGCAAUAUUGUGUUGCAACAAAGACAAACUAUACCUGCUGCUUUUUGCUUUGUUCUGUCAAAAUUCUUUUGAAUAUACUUUUUUCCUUGAAGCCCCAAUUGUGCUAUGUAGAAGCAAAUAAUUCCAGUUAUAGCAAUUUAUUACCUCUUCUGUUAAGUUUUAUUAUGACAAUCCAAUGCCCAUACUUAUUUCAAAAAGAGAUUGCUGUUUUAAAGUAUUAUAAUCAUUUAGGUCCCCAAAUUUAUCCCCUUUGUUAAAAUUUGUUUGUAAUUAUGUAUAUAUCUGUAUUUAUCCUUGUGUAUUUGUAUUUAUAUGUAAAUUUGCUGAUAUUGGAUAGAUACAAAGUUCUUUGCGGUUGCAUAUCUUGCUUCGAAAGCAAGUGACUGGCUCUUAAAUAAGUCAUUAAUCAGAAUGGUGUUAUCUUAUUACAUUACCUGAUUGUGUCUUAUCACAUUGUAAAAUGUUGCAUUUUAUUUGUAUGGUUAACGAUGUUAAUAAAUAAUGAAGACUGAAUGUA